GCUUCGCGCGGUGGGGCUAGCUCGCGCGGCAGCCGCGGUAGCCGAGGCCUCUUGGUUCUGCGGCACGUGACGGUCGUGCCGCCUCUGCCGCUGUCUCCACUGCAGCGCGGGGCCAGGUGUGCGGGCGGGUGGAGGCGCGGGCACCGCCGUCGGUCCCCGUAAAACUCGAGAUCAUGGAAGGGAAGUGGCUGCUGUGUAUGUUACUGGUCUUGGGAACUACUGUUGUUCAGGCUCAUGAAGGACACGAUGAUGAUAUGAUUGAUAUUGAGGAUGACCUCGAUGAUGUUAUUGAAGAGGUAGAAGACUCCAAAUCGAAACCAGAUACCAGCGCUCCUCCAUCCCCAAAGGUCACCUAUAAAGCUCCAGUUCCAACGGGGGAAGUGUAUUUUGCUGAUUCCUUUGACAGAGGAACUCUGUCAGGGUGGAUUUUAUCCAAAGCCAAGAAAGAUGACACUGAUGAUGAAAUUGCCAAAUACGACGGAAAGUGGGAGGUAGAUGAAAUGAAGGAAACGAAGCUUCCAGGUGAUAAAGGGCUUGUGCUGAUGUCUCGGGCCAAGCAUCACGCCAUCUCUGCGAAGCUCAGCAAGCCCUUCCUGUUUGAUACCAAGCCUCUCAUUGUUCAGUAUGAGGUUAAUUUCCAAAAUGGGAUAGAAUGUGGCGGUGCCUACGUGAAACUGCUUUCCAAAACCCCAGAACUCAACCUGGAUCAGUUCCACGACAAGACCCCUUAUACAAUUAUGUUUGGUCCAGAUAAAUGUGGAGAAGACUAUAAAUUGCACUUCAUCUUCCGCCACAAAAACCCCAAAACGGGUGUAUAUGAAGAAAAGCAUGCUAAGAGGCCAGACGCAGAUCUGAAGACCUAUUUUACUGAUAAGAAAACACAUCUCUAUACAUUAAUCUUGAAUCCAGAUAAUAGUUUUGAAAUAUUAGUGGACCAGUCUGUUGUGAAUAGUGGAAAUUUGCUGAAUGACAUGACUCCUCCUGUAAAUCCUUCCCGUGAAAUUGAGGACCCAGAAGACCAGAAGCCUGAGGAUUGGGAUGAAAGACCAAAAAUACCAGAUCCCGAUGCUGUCAAACCAGAUGACUGGGAUGAAGAUGCCCCAGCUAAGAUUCCAGAUGAAGACGCUACAAAGCCUGAGGGCUGGUUGGAUGAUGAGCCCGAAUAUGUACCCGAUCCAGAUGCAGAGAAGCCAGAGGAUUGGGAUGAAGAUAUGGAUGGAGAAUGGGAGGCUCCUCAGAUUGCCAACCCUAAGUGUGAGUCGGCCCCUGGGUGUGGUGUCUGGCAGCGACCUAUGAUUGACAACCCUAAUUAUAAGGGCAAAUGGAAGCCUCCCAUGAUUGACAAUCCUAACUACCAGGGAAUCUGGAAGCCCCGGAAAAUACCAAAUCCGGAUUUCUUUGAAGAUCUGGAACCUUUCAAAAUGACUCCUUUUAGCGCUAUCGGUUUGGAACUGUGGUCCAUGACCUCAGACAUUUUUUUUGACAACUUUAUUGUUUGUGGGGAUCGAAGAGUAGUUGAUGAUUGGGCCAAUGAUGGAUGGGGUCUGAAGAAAGCUGCUGACGGGGCUGCUGAGCCAGGUGUGGUGGGGCAGAUGAUUGAGGCCGCUGAGGAGCGCCCGUGGCUCUGGGUGGUCUACAUUUUGACCGUAGCUCUGCCUGUGUUUCUCGUUAUCCUCUUCUGCUGCUCUGGAAAGAAACAGUCUAGUCCCGCGGAGUACAAGAAGACCGAUGCUCCUCAACCAGAUGUGAAGGAGGAAGAAGAAGAAAAGGAAGAGGAAAAGGACAAGGGAGAUGAGGAGGAGGAGGGCGAAGAAAAACUUGAAGAGAAGCAGAAAAGUGAUGCUGAAGAAGACGGUGGCACUGCCAGUCAGGAGGAGGACGACAGGAAACCUAAAGCAGAGGUAACAGAAGGGGGAGUACGUUUUCCGGCCCAGGCAGCUCAGGGGAAGGUGCCUGAGGAUGAAAUUUUGAACAGAUCACCAAGAAACAGAAAGCCACGAAGAGAGUGAAACAAUCUUAAGAACUUGAUCUGUGAUUCCCUUUCCCUCCCCUUCCCCUGCAAGCGUGGUCCUAGGAGAGGGCCUGGCACACCUUAGGUCGAAACUCAGAAAAACCUCAAGACGUCACCAUCGACAGGUUCCAGUCGAACACUAGCCCGUGUAAUUGUAAACAUCUAAGCAGUCAGUACUUGCAGUUGUGACAUAAAGGAGCCUGUUUCUGUAGAAAGAAAGCAUAUAACACGAAUGGUUGUGAAAUGUAACAUGAAGCAACUAACUUGUAUUUUGUUUUUUGUUUUUGGUUUUAAACAUCUUUGUUUUUUAAACUAGAGUGAUAGAACUUUGCCAGUCUUUGAAAUCUUGGCUUAAUUUAACAUAUUAAUCUGUCCAUGCAGAAAUAACACCGACCUUUAGAAAUGCUAGGGGGAUGAAUUGCAGUUUUCAUAACCAAAUUUGUUUUUUAAGUUUGGUAUUACGAAACAUUCAAGUGUUCUCUGUCCCUUAAAAUUGAUAAUCAUGUUGAAAGUGCAGUUGUUCGUGGUUAUAAUCUUGUUUCGCUUGCUUCCAUCACCUAGUUCCUCCUAAGGAAACUGAGGAGAUGGAUUGGAUGGAACCCCAAAUUUAUGUAAAGGUUCUGUUUCAGUUGUAUUAAAAAUAGACAUACAGAAAGAAGAAACUUUUCCUCUUGAUGUUGGUUAGGCCGUACUGUGCGUGUGUUCUGUUGCCCUUGGGACAGCUCCGUUCCCAGACAGCUUUGCAGUCAGUGGAGGAGGUGGCAUAAGGUGGCACUCGGGCAGUCAUGCUUCCCAACUGGGAGAGUCUGGGCUCCAGCCUUCCAGAGCAGGUGGCUGUUUAAGGAAUGCUCCCAGGGCCUGGGAGCUCCCAAGUAGACGCCGGUGUUUUCAUCACUUCUUCCACUGUGUUGACACUGUUUCCUUCCCUGUUUCCCCAGACCCCCAGCUUUCUCCUCUGCUAUGCAUUUUCUUCACAGCGCAGCUUGCAGUCCGUCGCUGAAAAUGAUUAUAAGCUCCGCAUAGUGUUCAGCUUUAUUGUGAUUAAGUGUGUGUUUCUUCUUCCUUUUUUAAGCAGACCCACACCUUUCCAGGGUCAAAGUACAGGAUAGAAUACUGUCUUUCAUUUUUAUCCAUUUCUUUUACUCUGUGUAAAGACUUGGGAAGUCUAAGCCAGAGGUGAGCCAAUUCAGAAUUGACUGUAAUUGAACACAGGCUAAAAGUAUUUAUGGGAGGAGUGACAUACAGCAUGAAUUAUCUGAAUUUUUUUUUCUUUUUCUUUUUUUUUUUUAGCUGCUAAACUUUUUAAGUCUUCAUUUGCAGUUCAUGUAACACUUGUGUCUUAAAUUACAUGAUAAAGCAGUCCUGUUGAAAAAAAAUUUUUUUUGUUUGGGUAUGUGGCUUGUAGAAUUCUUUAAAAAGUGAUUUUAGAUUUUUUUUUUUUCAUGUGGAAUGCAGAUGGGUGCUAUCAGAGCCUCUCCCCCAUCACUAUAGUGUAAUAUCAUUAUUACACCACACUGAAAUGUAUUCAGAAUUGUUUUAGCUUUAUUCUUUCUUCAGAGGUGUUUCAAAUGUACCGAUGAUACUGUUUCUUGCACUGAAUAUAUAAACACUCCAAAGUGUUUAUAUUGGGGAGAUUUGGGGAGGAAGUAUAUUCGUAAAAGAUGAAGGCUGUAUCUGUUUAUUUUGUUUAUCUUCAAUUUUUUACUGGUUCAUUGAAAUUCUUAUGAGGGUGGGAUGAAUUUUUUCUUGCUGUUCAGUGCUUUAUCCUUUUCAUCUGUUGUUCUGUGGUCACAGUGACCUUAGCUAUGUAGCAGACUUUCCCAAAUGUAUUGAGUGCAAAUAAACAGUUACUUAGCAAGACCUGAAAAUAUGUCUGCAGGUUUCUCCUUGAAGUAAGUGUGUGUGAAGUAAAUUUCCAGCAACCUGCCUUCCUCACUUUCCAUUGAUGUUACAUCUCAUGUCUCACUUAACAGUUUUUUCCAGCUGAGCUGUGGAAUGACAAGUAUAAAUUAGAGUGUUCAUUUGCCUUUCCAGGAUCAUUUAGCAAAAAUUGUCAAAAGAAAAAGAAAAACAAAACAAAAGUCUUUCCUUGGUUCUCUUUUUCAUUCUUUGUUGAAGGUGCAGCCUUCUGAUUAAAUGUCUGACACAUUAAUGAGUGACCUGCAGUGUUUAGCUCUUAAAAUGCACUUACGUAAUAGUUCUACGUGCUGGCUGUCUGUCACAGUGUUGUAAAAUGCCCACUCCAUCAGAUGUGAUCCUCGAUUUCUCUUAUCCACAAAAUACUCUCCAUAUUUCUCAAAUUGUCACAUCACUAAAUGGUAUUACAUUAAAGCCCUGUGUUAAGUGUC